AACAGGCGUCCACCAGGCAGCAGUCUGGGGUCAGUCUUCACAGCUCCUGGCUGCAGUCUCAGACUCCAUGAGGAAGCGAGAGCUGAGGACUGACCGAGAGACAUGCCUGGCCUACAGCACUGGCUCCCCAGCUGAGCAGGUGAAGGCCUUUGUGGAUCUGCUGGCUGGGAAGGGCUGUUGGUUACUACAGGCCCCUAACAAAAUGCCAGACUCGCCCCUGGGAUCCCAAAGCAAUGACUCAAGGAUACAGAGGUACUGUGAGGCCCUGCUGAGCAGGGUGGGAAAUGACCCAGAACUGGGCGGCCCCUCACACCGCCUGGCCAGCCUCCUGCUGGUAGAGGGCCUGACAGACCUGCAGCUCAGGGAGCACGACUUCACACAGGUGGAGGCCACACGGGGAGUCUGGCACUCUGCCAGGGCCAUCACCCUGGAUAGGCUCUUCCUGCCUCUGUCCCGGGUGUCCAUCCCGCCUCGAGUCUCUGUCACCAUUGGAGUGGCCGGCAUCGGCAAGACUACUCUCGUGAGGCAUUUCAUUCGUCGCUGGGCCAGAGGACAAGUGGGCAAGAAUUUCUCACUGGUUCUGCCCUUGACCUUUCGGGAUCUUAAUACCUAUGAGAAGCUGUCUGCAGACAAACUCAUCCACUCCAUCUUCCCAAACAUUGGAGACAGUAAUCUGGUGGUAACAGCCCCAGACAGAGUCCUCCUGGUCCUGGAUGGCUUGGAUGAGUGUAAGACACCCCUGGAAUUCAACAAUACCGUGGCCUGCACAGACCCAAGGAAGGAGAUCCAGGUAGACCACCUGAUCACUAACAUCAUCCGAGGCAACCUCUUUCCAGAAAUUUCUGUCUGGAUCACCUCCCGUCCCAGUGCUGCUGGUCAGGUCCCUGGGGGCCUCGUGGACCGGAUGACUGAGAUUCGGGGCCUUACUGAGGAAGAGAUCAAAGUGUGUCUGGAGCAGAUAUUUCCUGAGGACCAGACCCUCUUAGGCCAGGUGUUGAGUCAAGUGAAGGCCAACAGAGCUCUGUAUCUGAUGUGCACUGUGCCAGCUUUUUGUAGGCUCAUGGGGCUGGCCCUGGGUCACUUGUACCACAGCAAGCUGGCUGUCCCGGACCCAGAGCUGCCGCUGCCUCAGACCCUGUGUGAGCUCUACUCUUGGUACUUUAGGAUGGCCCUUGGUGGGGAGGGGCAGGACAAGGGAAAGGUAUGUCCUAGGAUUGAGCAGGUGGCCCAGGGAGCUCGCAAAAUGGUGGGGACAUUGGGCCGCCUGGCCUUCCAUGGUCUGGUCAAGAAGAAAUACGUGUUUUAUGAGCAAGACAUGAAGGCAUUUGGUGUGGACCUCGCUUUGUUACAGAGCACGCUGUGCAGCUGUCUCCUGCAACGGGAAGAGACUCUGGCCUCCUCGGCAGCUUAUUGCUUCACUCACCUGUCUCUGCAAGAGUUUGUGGCAGCCACAUAUUACUACAGUGCAUCCAAGAGAGCCAUCUUUGACCUCUUCACCGAGAGUGGCAUGUCUUGGCCCAGGCUGGGUUUCCUCGCGCAUUUCAGGUGUGCAGCCCAGCGGGCCACGCAAGCGAAGGAUGGGAGGCUGGAUGUGUUCCUGCGUUUCCUCUCUGGCCUCCUGUCUCCAAGGGUUAAUACUCUGCUGGCUGGCUCCCUGCUGGCCCAAGGUGAGCACCAGAGCUACCGGGCCCAGGCGGCUGAGGUCCUGCAAGGCUUGCUGCAUCCUGACACAGCAGUCUGUGCACGAGCCGUCAAUGUCCUGUACUGCCUGCACGAGCUUCAGCACACGGAACUGGCCUGCAGUGUGGAGGAGGCCAUGCAGAGUGGGACCUUGGCUGGGCUGAGCGGACCCUCACAUCGCACUGCUCUGGCCUACCUCCUGCAACAGUCUGAUAUCUGCUCCCGGGAGGCCAACUUGUCCCUGUGUCUCAGCCAGAGUGUCCUCCAGAGCCUGCUGCCUCAGCUGCUCUACUGCCGGAGCCUCAGGCUGGACAACAACCAGUUCCAGGACCCUGUGAUGGAAUUGCUGGGCAGUGUGCUGAGUGGGAAGGACUGUCGCAUUCAGAACAUCAGCCUGACUGAGAACCAGAUUGGUAACAAAGGAGCCAAAGCUCUGGCCAGAUCCCUCCUGGUCAACAGAAGUCUCAUCACACUAGACCUCCGGAGUAACUCCAUUGGACCACAGGGGGCUAAGGCCCUGGCAGAUGCUCUGAAGAUAAACCGAACUCUAACCUCUCUAAGCCUCCAGAGCAAUGUGAUCAAGGAUGGUGGUGUCAUGUGCAUGGCAGAGGCCCUGGUCUCCAACCAGACCAUCUCCAUACUACAGCUACAGAAGAACCUAAUUGGGCCGGUGGGAGCCCAGCAGAUGGCAGAUGCCCUGAAGCAGAACAGGAGUCUGAAGGAACUCAUGUUUUCCAGUAAUACCAUUGGGGAUGGAGGUGCCAUGGCCCUGGCUGAGGCCCUGAAGGUGAACCAGGGCCUGGAGAACCUGGACCUACAGAGCAAUGCCGUCAGUAACACGGGGGUGGCUGUGCUCAUGCGAGGCCUCUGUGUUAACCGGACCCUGUCUAGUCUCAGCCUACGAGAAAACUCCAUCAGCCCAGAGGGGGCCCAGGCCCUCGCUCAAGCCCUCCGCAUGAACAACACUCUGAAGCACCUGGAUCUGACAGCCAACCUCCUCCAUGACCAAGGUGCCCAGGCCAUUGCGGUAGCAGUGGGAGAAAAUCACUCCCUCACACACCUUCACCUGCAGUGGAACUUCAUCCAGGCUGGUGCAGCCAGGGCCCUGGGACAAGCACUUCAGCUGAACAGGACCCUGAGAACCUUAGACUUACAGGAGAAUGCCAUAGGGGACGAAGGAGCCUCUGCAGUGGCUGGGGCACUGAAGGUGAACACAGCCCUCACCGCUCUCUACCUACAGGUGGCCUCCAUUGGUACCCAAGGAGCCCAGGCACUUGGGGAGGCCCUGGCUGUGAACAGAACCUUGGAGAUUCUUGACUUACGAGGAAAUGACAUCGGGGUAGCUGGUGCCAAGGCCUUGGCAAAUGCUCUGAAGUUAAACUCCACUCUCCGAAGACUCAAUCUCCAGGAGAACUCACUGGGGAUGGACGCGGCCAUAUAUGUUGCCGCUGCACUGUCUGAGAACCACGGUCUGCAUCAUAUUAAUCUCCAGGGGAAUCCCAUUGGGGAAUCUGGUGCCAGGAUGAUCUCAGAGGCUAUCAAGACAAAUGCUCCCACAUGCACUGUGGAAAUGUAAGGAAAGUAAGAUCCUGGUGAACCAUGCAGAGACUCAACUGGAAGCUUUUGAUCAGCGUGACCUCUAUUUCUGCCUAAUUUCCUGGAAUCUGAAUGCUGCUGAACCAGCUCUCAAGCUGGUCUCCUGAACAGAGGAAGGAAGGGCACUUCCAGCAGAGGUCACAGUCAUCUUUCCUCCCCAGGGUCAGUCAGGGGGAAGAUGGAUACCCUUGACAGCAUAGAGGAGGGAAGGAGCCGCCACCAAGGGGCACUCAAGAGACAAAAUCUCAAAGCUCCACAAAGUAGGAAGCUGAUCCUGGCUUAUUCAUACCCUGGGGUCUUCAGAGUCCCAACUUAAAACCAAAACAACAACAACAACAAAACCAACUGUGUUUCUGCCCUGUGCACUCACAUGGUUAACAGCAUCCGUCUUAAAUCCAGCUGCAGUCUUCAAGCCCAUUAAGCACAUUAGCUUGGCAAAGGUGAUAAUGGGCCCAUUUUUUUUCUCUUCUCAAGAGAGAAAAAAGUUUUGGGGUGUGACCCUUAGAUACAUAUGGAGAAAAUAUGAGAAAUUUGUGAAGACAAAUGAAAGGUUAAUUCUGAGAUUUUGUGUUCUUCUGUAAGAUCUCUCAGACACCUAGAAUGGUCUGCCAUAUUUGGAGUCCAGCACACUGGCUAUCCAUUGCAAAUUAAGUGUUGAUACCCUGAUGCCAUUAUCCUGUAUUUAGGCAUCCAAAACCUCUGCGGUGGCCAUGGCUUCCCCUGGGAGACAGACAAGCUGUGCUUCCAUGUGGCAAAUGCCCUCCAUUGUCUGAUUCAAACAGGAAAACCUAAAUGAACUUCACAGAUCUCAAGUAAGCCACUAAGAUAAGUGCUUAUAAAGACCAUAAAGUGGGUUGAGAAUGGUGGCACACGUCUUUAAUUCCAGCACUCGGGAGGCAGAGGCAGAGGCAGAUGGAUCUCUGUGAGUUCAAGACAAGCCUGGUCUACAGAGCAAGUUCCAGGAUAUCCAGACCUAUAUAACAAGACCCUGUCUUGGAAAAAACAAAACAAAAUAAAAAUGAGUGUCCAGAAGCUAGACAUGGUGGCACACACUUGUAAUUCUAGUACUUGAGAGGCUGAGAAAAGAGGAUCAUGAUUCGAGGCCAGUUUAAACUACAUAGUGAGGUUCUCAAGACAAAACCAAAAAUACAGAAAUGAGUGCUCAGAUGAAUUAUCAUGGAGGCUGACAGUGAGAGGUGUUGCUGUGGUUACGUAAGAAAAGGGCAUUUUAGCAGGUCACAUGGUGAUUAAACUUAGCCAGGAAGUGUUGUGCACCGGUAAUCCCAGCACUUGGCAGAGGCAGGAGGAUCAGGAGUUCAAGGUGGUCUUUGGUACAUGGUGAGUUCCAGACCAGUUUCUGCUGCAUGAGAUCCUGUCUCAGGAAAAACAAAAGAAAAUCCAGUGACUGAAUCUAACCUCGCAGCCACGAGACAAGUGAGCAUGUGCAUGCCUGAAGACAGAGCACUGAUAGAGCUGUUCUGUUUACCGAGAUCUACCUGUAGAGGCCUGCCUACACAAACUCCAAGUGGAAGGACUUUCUACAAAGCUGGCCUGACUGCCGAAAAAUGUUACAACAGUCUGGAGAUGGCUUUAAAUUAAACAAACAAAAAGGACCUAACAGUGACAUACAGGAUCCUUGAUUGGCUCCUAGGUUGGAGAAAAAAUAUAAUCUUCAAACAAUGUUACUUGGAGAUUGAAGCUGUGUUCAUUUUGGUUUUGAAGGGUAUUGUUUCUGGGUAUAGAAUGUUAUUUUCUUCCUUUGGUACUGUUAUGAUGCGGCUCUCAGACCGGAGAUAUAUCCAGCUCAGUGCAGUAGGUCCCAGGUUCCAUCCCCUGCACUGCCAAUAACAACAACGAUGUCGCUCUAAUCCUCUGGCUUACAGGAAGCUCAGCAGCCAGGAAGACAUCAGUCAGUCAGGAGACAAAUGCUGGGAAAGCUGUACCCGUGGAAACCUACUUACGGUGGUCUGAGGGUCAAACACUGAGGACAAAGGGCACUCUCUAAGGAUAAUGAGAACAAGCCCCACUAGAACCAGGAGGUCCCUUCCAGAAGUUCUGUCCAGACCCCACUAGCAAGGCUUCACAGCUCUCACAAGGUCUGGCUGCAUCACCACACAGCAAGCCAAAAUGUGAGUCUGGAACUGAGACAGACACUAACCUGAACAGCGGCUUGAUCCUCCUCCGCAUUUGUUGCUUUAACCGGCCGGCCUGCUGUCUUCUGCAUCCCCCCCUGCGGCACCCCUCUGCUGUUGAGUGCACCUGCUACUCUUCUUCUCAGACAUCGUCCACCUGUCUCGGCUCCUCCAGCUUUACUGCUCCAUCUGUUUUCCACAGCACUGGACAACUGCUGCCAUUCACUCUGCGCUCUGCGCUGGUUCCUGGUCAUCUUGUGGAUUUACCACUGUGAAAAUUUCCUCUUUCCUCUUCUUUCCUCUCCCCUCCCCUCCUCUCCCUCUUCCUCAUUCUUCCCUCUCUGCCUCCCUU